AGCAAGUAACAAAACAGGAAACAACGAUAUCCCUUAGGUGUGAAUUUCACAGAGAGAGAGGGAGAGAGAGACAGGGAGAGAGAGAGCGAGAGAGAGAGAGAGAGAGAGAGAGAGGAGAGAGAGAGAGAGAGAGAGAGAGAGAGAGAGAGAGAGAGAGAGAGAGAGAGAGAGAACGAGAGAGAGAGAGAGAGAGAGAGACAGAGAGAGAGAGAGAGAGAGAGAGAGAGAGAGAGAGAGAGAGAGAGAGAGAGAGAGAGAGAGAGAGAGAGAGAGAGAGAGAGAGAGAGAGAGAGAGAGAGAGAGAGAGAGAGAGAGAGAGAGAGAGAGAGAGAGAGAGAGAGAGAGAGAGAGAGAGAGAGAGAGAGAGAGAGAGAAGAGAGAGCGAGAGAGAACGAGAGAGAGAGAGAGAGCGAGAGAGAGAGAGAGAGAGAGAGAGAGAGAGAGAGAGAGAGAGAGAACGAGAGAGAAGGAACAAGAGAGAGAGAGUGAACGAACAAGAGAAGAAAGUAGUAAGGAGAUACAAAGUGAGGCGGACAAAGGAAAGAGGUGGGCGGACGAGGCGGAGGGGGACGAGCGAGAAAGUUGGACAAGGAGAGAGACGCCAUACGAGAAUGAAAAGCAAUGAGAUUAUGAAAGAUAAUGAAUAA